AUGACACCUGGUAAUGAAAAUAGGAGAUUUCAUGGGACUAAAAUCAACUGCUUUUUAGGAUUAGAUGGAAAUAUUACCACCUGUGACUCCACUUCAUGCUAUGUUUGCCGAAUUAUAAACGAAAGCUAUAGACUACCACCCCUUACAAACCGUACUUUCCAAAGAUUUGGUGCAGGUGUAUACUUAUCUGCUACUUCUUCCAAGAGCAAUGACUACUGUAAAUCAGUUAACAACAAUGAAUACAAAUACAUGUUCCUUAAUAAUGUUUUAAUUGGGAGGGGUAAAAAACUAAAAACCAAUAAUAAAAGCUUAACAAGCCCAUCACCUGGUUUCGACUCGGUACUUGGUGAAAAUGGAGAAGAUUUGAAUUAUGAUGAAGUAGUUGUUUAUUCAGUUGAUCAAGUCAUUCCAAAGUAUUUAAUAAUUUAUAAAUAA